AGGCCGGUCUGUGACCUGAGAUGUCAUUAUGAAGCGCAAGGAGUGAGAAGCACUACAGAUUCACCGACAACGUUUCAUUCUUACUUCCUUCAAUAACUCCUGGUGAUUCAAAACAGACAACAAAGGGGCAUGAGACAGAAGAAGGAUUGUGACGUGCUUAACACCUCAAACAGCACAGCAAUGGGUACAAGUAGCUACUAUACCGAGUUGGGCUUUGACUGUUUGAACACCACGCCCUGCAGUGUUACUAACAGCACAGAUUAUGACUCAUCCUCUGAUUGGUGUGAGGCUGGUGAGCAGGAACUCACUAUCAAAAUGUUCCAGACCUGUGUUUUCUGCCUCAUCUUCCUGCUGGGUGUGGUGGGAAACUGCCUGGUGAUCGCUACCUUUGCCCUCUACCGUCGCCUCCGGCUUCGCUCCGUGACCGACGUCUUCCUGUUCCACCUGGCACUGGCCGACCUCCUCCUGCUCCACACGCUCCCAUUACAGGCCGUUGAUACUCACCGGGGUUGGAUCUUCUCUGUUGCCCUGUGCCAAGCCAUGCGUGCCUGCUACGCUAUCAACACCUAUAGCGGGCUGCUGCUGCUGGCCUGCAUCAGCGUCGACCGCUACAUGGUGGUGGCACGGGCCCAGGAGAUGCUCAGGAUGCGCAGUCAGAUUUUAAGAGUUGGGAAGCUAGUUGCCAUAGGUGUGUGGGUUGUUGCCUUGCUCCUCAGUCUGCCUGAAAUCCUCUUCUCAGGGGUGUCAGGGGAUGGCAAGGAUGCAUACUGUGGCAUGAUAAAGAGUGGCAGAGUGAAAUUGGCCACCAAUGGAACCAUCAUUGCUGUCUUCUGCCUGUCCUUCUUCAUUAUGGUGAUGUGCUACUCAAUGAUCGCUCAGUUAUUGUGUGAAGGGAGCGCACAUCGGCGAGGGAUGCGGUGGCGUCGGCAGCGUACCUUGAAGCUGAUGGUGGCCCUGGUGCUGGUGUUUCUGGUGUUCCAGCUGCCGUACACUGUGGUGCUGUCUCGCAAAAUGGCGGGUCAUUUCUGCGGUCUUCUGUUGGAGUACAUCACCUGCACUUUGGCGUACACCCGCUGUUGCCUCAACCCUAUCCUGUAUGCCCUGGUGGGUGUGCGCUUCCGUAAGGACGUGCAGAGGCUCAUCCGUGAUUCAGGCUGCCCACCUAGGCUCCGCCUGGGGCAAGAGACAGCGAGCCCCUCCAGCAUCUUCCCCUUGUCACCUCCUCUCACUGUGGUCUCAGCUUGCUCUCCAACAUACUCCGGACGCAAUUAAUCCAGCAUUGAGACACCGAGUUUCAGUUUCCAGGAAACAAAUAAUAUUUAAUGAAGCGGACUAUACACUUGCUGUCCACUUUUUUCAUUGUUCAUAUAGACAUUUUUGUAUAUUUAACAUAAAGUACAGAUGCUAUACAGAAGCAAUGAAUUGAAAAAUGACAAGGAUGCAAAGAUAUGCAUAUCAUUUUUAGGGCUGGGUAUCAUUGGAAAGUUUUCAAAAUCAGUGUCAAUACGUCCAGUAUGUUAUAAAGUUACACACAAGCCUGCUUCUAUUUUUGUAAAAUUAUAUGCAUAGAUAGGCUUAUAGACUUGCUUUUUUCCCUCUGGAUUAUCUUAGAAAAUGUCGUAUGUGUGCUAUGUCUCUAUGUUAUUCAGUUGUUAAGCCACGUUUCUAACUGUACAUUUAUUGUAUUGGCUAAAGGACGACCCUUGUGCCCAUUUCUUUGAGGUCCCUUCCUUUUAGAUUUCCUUCUUUAAUUUGGGUUAUCAAGACUUGUUAAAAAACUUUUUGGGACAUAGUUUAAGAGGUACACUGCUCUGCCGGGACAGAGAACAGUAACUAUAGAGAGGAGUUUAAACUUUCAGGCAGGACAAACUGUCUAAUAGAUGUUUAGUGCCUUCAUUCUUGUGUUUAGCUACAAUUUAAUUAAUGGCAAAAAAGUAUUAAAUUCUCACUUUAAAGAAACUGCAACCAAAGAACAUUUGCCAUUUUUUUCUUUAAAAAAAUGACCAAAAUGAUUAUUCAAUCAUCAAAAUAGUUGCAGAUUGAUUUUCUGUCUAUUGACUAAUCAGAUAAUCGACUCAUAACAGUAAUGAUACACUUAUCAAAACAAUCAUCAAAAAGUCAAAUUCUGGUCUCAACUCGGUUUUGAAUUAAUACAUUGUUACUGCACAGCGAUGGUUUUCUUGUUACGUCUCUUGUCAAAAUAUGGAUAUUAAUGUUGUGGUUGAAACUAAAUUGAGAUGAGUGUGAAGUCGACCUCUCUUCAAAGUUAUAAUGUAAAUUAGAUCAUAUCUGAGCAAAAAAGCCAGCGUAAAAAAGACAUGACAAAGCAGUCAUAGCUAACUCGCAGUACUUUUAAGUUUUAAGUGCGCGUUGCCUUUGACACAUUUUGUUCGUUACUUAAGAAGUCUUGAGGAUUGAUACGCCACACUGGUCAUCAUCAGUCACAAUGCUACUGUGGCCAGAAGAGGUCACAAAUACAACAUUUGGUCACACUGUAUUUGCUUAUAUAUAGAUUAUAGAUUAUAGAUAUAGCUAUUGAUAUAAAUAUGUAUAUAUAUAUUAGCUCAGUUGCUGAAUAUUAACAACCUCAACCCUAAAACACACACACACAUA